GCCAAAUACAAACUUCCGGGAGGCCCUUUGUCGUAAAGCGACAAGCAGGACAACGACGGAGAAAAUUAAGCUGAAAUAUGCACGGAAAACCCCACUCCACCCCACCACCAGAGCCGAGAACAAGCUCCCUAGAAAACGACGCCGUCCGGCCGCCGAGCAGCGCCUCCCGCGCCCCCGCCCCAGGAGACACCACCUCGAAUCCUCAGGCGCAAGCCUUGCUCCCUCCCCAUUAAGCUUCCUUUCCUCCCUCUCGGCUCAUCAAUCUCUCUCACCGACGCUCCCAAACGCCGCUUCGCUUUGGUUUCUUGCUAGCUCGCUGCUGCUGAUUUCCCCAAAGCCAAAUCCGUCCGUCUUUUGUUUCUGGCCAGCUUCCCACUUCGGAAUCCUGCUGCGUGAAGCCAUGGCCGAGGCCCCUGCCGCCGUCGGCGUCCUCGGCUCCCGACCCCGGGAAGUCGUCGCCCCAGCGCGCGCACCUACUCCGCCUCCCCCUCGCGCGGUCCGUGAGCUCUGCUCCCCCACAGAUGGUGAUAAGGAGGUGACUGGAGGCGCCGAUGCGGCGGAGGUUCCAGAGGACCGGUCUGUGAGUGGCGGGGCGUCGGAAGGUUCAGCUGUCGUUGACGCCGACAAGGCUGCGGUUUUGUGUUCCGAGGGUGCCGCCGAGCUCGAAUCGGCUGAGCCGGGUGUUUUGGAUGUCAGAUUAGAAGCUCCGGUGGCGCGGCUCCAUGAGCAGAAGUCGGAUUGCGGGAGCUCGGGUUCUGAUGAAGCUGGCGCAAUCAACAAUAUCUCUUCACUGGUUGCGGUGUCCCCAUCAGAUACCAGUCCAAAUUCGGAAACUACUGGAGAAAUUCGUGGUUCUUGCCUUGCGGAAGGAUCCCUGGCGGAGGCGAGUGAUUCCCGAGGACGACAACGAGAGGCACAGGAAAAGCCAACGGGCGUGCAAGGGAUGCUUGUGGCUGCGGGGUCCUCUGACGGGCAUGCGAAUUCUGAGCUCGGAGUUGAGGUGAAAGGUGAUUUCGAUGGCCGACAUGGCCUUAUGCAGGGGGAAUCGGAGUUGCGUGUUGGCGGCGGCGGUGUGGAGGCGGACACAGAGAUGGGUGGCGCUUUGUGUGAUGAAGAGGUAAACAGAGAGUUUGAGGCUUCAGAUAGCUCCACCGCGCGGGUUCAGGAAGGAGUGGACAGGAUGGAGACGAGUUUGGAUGACUCUGAAGGUUCAGACGGCUCAACCACGCAGGACUCUGAUACUGACGUGGAGACUGAGUCCAGCAGCUCUAGUAUAGAGGAACAGGACGCGGGAUAUGGAGUCCACGUCCCACCCAUGGAACAGCCUAUCUGUGAGGUGACCAGGGAAAGCAACAUUUCAGAGGUGAAGAGCUCUGAUAGGAUGGUUUCAGUAGCUGUAUCAACACAUGUAUUGGCUUCAGGUGCAGCCAUGUUACCUCAUCCUUCAAAGGUGCUGACAGGUGGUGAAGAUGCUUAUUUUAUAGCUUGCAAUGGUUGGUUUGGUGUAGCGGAUGGAGUUGGUCAGUGGUCAUUUGAAGGAAUCAAUGCGGGGCUGUAUGCGAGAGAGCUAAUGGAUAGUUGCAAGAAAUAUGUUAUGGAUAGUCAAGGGGCACCAGAGAUGAGAACAGAGGAAGUUCUUGCUAUGGCUGCAGAUGAAGCACAGUCCCCUGGCUCUUCAACUGUUCUGGUUGCUCACUUUGAUGGGCAGGUCCUUCAUGUAUCAAAUAUCGGAGAUUCGGGAUUACUGGUGAUAAGAAAUGGACAAGUACAUGAACAAACAAAGCCGAUGACUUAUGGUUUCAAUUUCCCCUUGCAAAUUGAAAAGGAUGUUGAUCCUUUAAGACUUGUACAGAAUUAUUCUAUUGAUCUACAAGAAGGUGAUGUCAUUGUAGCAGCGACAGAUGGUGUGUUCGACAACGUCUACGAGCAAGAGAUAGCAGACGUUGUUUCAAAAUCUCUAGAAACCGACCUCAAGCCUACGGAGAUUGCCGAAUUACUGGCUGCUAGAGCAAAGGAAGUGGGCAAGUCUGCAUGGGGGAGUAGCCCGUUCUCAGACGCGGCACUUGCAGCCGGGUACCUUGGUUACUCCGGGGGCAAGCUGGAUGAUGUAACGGUUGUUGUAUCUAUUGUUCGGAAAUCUGAAAUAUAACCCUGGAUAAGUUGUAUUUUCAUCUCUCACGGCCAUGGCAGCGCUAAAAUUGCGAGCCAUGUUCUUUGCGCUGCUCCGAAUGAGCUGGCACUUACCACUGUGUUUCUGGUCGUA